AUGUCCUUACCGUAUAAUGUGCGUGCGCUUAGCAAGCGGCUCCUGCUAAAUAAAUGCUACGGCACCGCAUCACACUGGCGAACGUUUGCAAGUGAAUCAUCCGGCGGCCGGGCAAGCGAUCCGGACGGGACAACGGUCAAUGUGCCGUCGAAAGAAAUCGUCACACCACUACCGCCCCUAUCGCAACCGAUUCCCGAUCUGGCCCCGGUACAGUAUGCCCGGCCGGGUGAUCAGAAAAAUGUCACUCAAGUCACACGACUCAGUAACGGGUUGCGGGUAGCGUCCGAGAACCGGUUCGGACAGUUCUGUACGGUCGGUGUGGUGAUUGAUUCCGGGCCACGGUACGAGCUCGCUUAUCCGAGCGGCAUUUCCCACUUCCUGGAGAAGCUUGCCUUUCAAUCGACCGCCGAGUAUGGGGAGCGUGAUGUAAUCUUCAGGGAGCUGGAACGGCACGGAGGAAUUUGUGAUUGUCAAAGCACGCGUGAUACAUUUGUGUACGCCGCCAGUGCGGACAGUCGUGGGUUGGAAUCGGUGACGCGCAUCCUGUCGGAGGUCGUUCUGCGGCCAAAGCUGUCGGAGGAUGAGGUGGAACUGGCCCGGCAAGCGGUACAGUUCGAUCUGGAAACGCUCGGUAUGCGCCCGGAACAGGAACCGAUCGUGAUGGAUAUGGUGCAUGCGGCCGCUUACCGUGAUAACACGCUUGGGUUCCCGAAACUGUGUCCUUCGGAGAAUGUUCCGAAAAUUACGCGUGAUACGUUGCUGUCCUAUCUGGGGUUACAUCACACUCCGGAACGUAUGGUGCUGGCCGGUGUUGGUGUACCGCACGAUGAGCUGGUCCGUCUGGCGGAACGAUACUUUGUGCCGGGAUCGGCCACGUGGGAAAACGAAAAAAGCAAAUCACCCCAUCCGAAAGGUGUGGACACAUCCAUCGCACAGUACACCGGUGGUUCGAAGCUGGAAGAAUGUGCCAUCCCGGUGUAUGCCGCGGUAGGCCUUCCGGAGCUGGCACACGUUGUGAUUGGCUUGAAGGGAUGUUCGCAUCAGGACAAAGACUUCAUCGCUGCCUGCGUCCUUAAUAUGAUGAUGGGUGGAGGUGGGUCGUUUUCGGCCGGUGGCCCCGGAAAGGGCAUGUACACGCGGCUCUACACGAACGUGCUCAACCGGUACCACUGGAUGUACAGUGCGACCGCGUACAACCAUGCGUACGGUGAUACGGGAUUGUUCUGCAUUCAUGCAACGGCACCACCGACCCACGUGCGCAGCCUGGUGGAGGUCAUCACACGCGAACUGUACACGAUGCAAGCACGGCCGGGCGAUCAGGAACUACGGCGCGCCAAGACACAGCUACAAUCGAUGCUGCUGAUGAACCUUGAGGCGCGGCCAGUUGUGUUUGAAGACAUCGGACGCCAGGUGCUGGCGACUGGCGAGCGUCGACGACCGGAACAUUUUAUUCAAGAAAUUGAAAAAAUCACCGCAGAAGAUGUCCAGAACGUGGCAAGGAAAAUGCUCGUUACCUCACCGGCACUGGCAGCUCGUGGAGAAAUUAAAGGAAUUCCGGAUGUUAAGGACAUUACCGCGGCACUGAUAAAUGAAGGACGAUUUCCGGGCAAUCGACGUUUGACACUGUUCCGAUAGACAGCGAGAGAGAGAAAUGAUAAUUAAA